GACGAUAUGAUAUGUCUGCCUCCAUCCUCAUCCUUUCCUGAGUCUCUGUAAUCCCAAAAAUAACCCAGCAGGGCCCCGUAGCGUCGCGCAGUUCCCAGGCAGCAGCAGCGUCCCAACCCAUGGCCGUCGCCCCGUGACCCGGGAUUGCCGCUGGAUGACGAGCGGAAAACCGGCGUGCGGGACACGGCCGGGCUCCCCAUCGCUGUGCAGGAGCCAGGAGAGGAGGAUGCACGGGGCUGAGGAACAAGCUCGUGGACAGCGGUGCUGAGCGCGGCGGGGCCGGCGCGGCGGGGCCGGGGCCGGGCCGGAGCCCCGGGCGGCAGCAGCAGCAGCAGCCGCAGCCCCGCGCCGAGGGCGGCAGCACCAUGGACAGCUCAGGUGCCUCAUCACCAGACAUGGAGUCCAGCUAUGGGGGAGGCUUGCUAGAUAUGGUGAAAGGAGGAGCAGGGAGACUCUUCAGCAAUUUGAAAGAUAACCUGAAGGAUACCCUGAAAGACACAUCUUCCAAGGUCAUGCAGUCUGUUGCCAGUUACACUAAGGGAGAGCUGGAUAUUUCUUACAUUACCUCAAGAAUCAUAGUGAUGUCUUUUCCGGCUGAAGGCGUGGAGCUGGGAUUCAGGAACCACAUUGAAGAUGUGAGGACGUUUUUGGAUUCCAGACAUCCCGACCACUAUACCGUCUUCAACUUGUCCCCCAAAUACUAUCGCAGUGCCAAGUUCCACAACAGGGUGUCUGAAUGUAGCUGGCCAGUCCGACAGGCGCCCAGUCUGCACAACCUCUACGCUGUCUGCAAGAACAUGCACAACUGGCUGCAGCAGAACCCCAAAAAUGUCUGUGUCAUCCACUGCAUGGAUGGCCGUGCAGCCUCAGCAGUUCUGGUCAGCGCCAUGUUCUGUUUCUGUCACCUCUUCUCUAGUCCUGGCCCUGCCAUGCAGCUGCUGAACACAAAGAGACCUGGAAUUGUACUGUGGCCAUCUCACAGGAGGUACAUAGGAUAUAUUUGUGAUCUAAUAGCAGACAAGCCCAUCAUUCCUCACUGCAAACCACUCACUAUCAAGUCAGUCACCCUCAGCCCUGUCCCCUGUUUCAACAAGCAACGCAACGGCUGCCGGCCCUUCUGCGACAUCCUCAGUGGAGAGACCAGGAUCCUCACCACUGCCCAGGAGUAUGAGAGGAUGAAAGAAUACCGUGUGCAAGAAGGGAAAGUCCUAAUUCCACUGGGAGCCACUGUCCAUGGAGAUGUUGUUGUUUCUGUCUACCACAUGAGAUCCACCAUUGGGGGACGUCUUCAAGCCAAAAUGACCAACACACAAAUAUUCCAAAUUCAAUUUCAUACUGGAUUCAUAGCCCUGGGAACAACCACUCUAAAAUUCACCAAGCCUGAAUUGGAUGCCUGUGACUCUCCAGACAAAUAUCCUCAGCUCUUUCAUGUUAUACUGGACAUAGAAAUACAGUCCACAGAUAGACAAACUGAACUAACUCCCCCAUGGGAGAACUUCACAACAAAAGACAUCAAUCCAUCCAUCCUCUUCUCCUCUCACCAGGAGCACCAGGACACUCUUGCUUUGGCAGGCAGAGGUCCCACGGAUUCACCCCAGGAUAACAUCAGGAAUGUUGGGCAGAGUGCAUUCUUCUCCUCUCUCAGCUGGCAAGAUCAGAAAUCUGACAAAAGUAGCUCUCACCCCACCUCAGAGGAUCGAGCAGCGUUGGUGCAUGAGGAAAGCGAACAGUCAGAUGACGAACUCUUGUCCCUUUCCAGUCAGCACAGUAAUGCCAGCGGUGACAAGCCCCACGGGACACCAAAACACAGCAAAAAGCAACAAGAACCUCCAGCACCACCCCCUCCUGAAGAUGUGGACCUGUUGGGCCUGGAUGGCAGCCCUAUGAGCAAGAACUUUCCCUCACAGCCCACGGCUGCCCCCUCUAACUCAGACUUGCUGAGUGAUUUGUUUGGAGGGCCGAGUGCCCCGAGUCAGAGUGGACAGCCUGCUGCUGAGGAGGUUUUCCAUGUGGGGGGACCUGGAUCUGUGCAAUCAACUCCUCGGCGUUCCGCGGCCUCAGCGUCCCCAUCCCCGUCCCCAAGGGUGGGAGAAGCCACUGCCUUUGAUCCAUUUGGAAGUAGCCCCAAGCAAGCUGGUCCCGACCUCCUAGGUUCGUUCCUUGGUUCAUCUGCUGUCCCUGGGGAUCCUUUCCUUCAAGCCACAAGAAGCCCUUCACCGACUGUGCACAGUGAUCCCUUUCACAUGGCUUCCAGCACUCCAACGGUUUCCAUACAACCAGAUGUUUCCAGUGGUUGGGACUGGCCCAACAAAGCAGGUGGCCUAGGAAUGGGAAGUAAGUCUGCUGCCACCAGUCCUACAGGAUCCCUCCAUAGCACUCCCACUCAUCAGCCUAAACCCCAAACACUGGAUCCGUUUGCUGACCUGGGGACUCUUGGAGCAAGUUUAGCAGGUGGCCCUUCCUUUGCCAGCAAGCCAACCACGCCGACAGGCAUGGGCGGGGGGUUCCCGCCGUCACCGCAGAAGCCGUCGCCGCAGCCCAUGGGUGGGAGUGGUUGGCAGCAGGGAGCUGGGUACACCUGGCAGCAGGCUCAGCCCAAAGCCCAGCCCAGCGCGCCCCAUGCCUCCCCUCCGAACAAACCCAACUACAACGUGAGCUUCUCAGCCAUGCCUGGAGCACAGGGCGAACGGGGGAAAGGACCCGCUAAUGUUGAUUCCAAACCAAAAGUGUCUGCAGAUUUCGAAGAUCUAUUAUCUGGUCAAGGCUUUAAUGCUCAUAAGGACAAGAAGGGCCCCAAAACAAUAGCUGAGAUGAGAAAAGAAGAAAUGGCGAAGGAGAUGGACCCUGAAAAACUAAAAGUUCUGGAAUGGAUUGAAGGGAAGGAGAGGAAUAUAAGAGCCCUGCUGUCCACAAUGCACACAGUAUUGUGGGCAGGGGAGACCAGGUGGAAACCUGUGAGUAUGGCAGACCUUGUGACACCAGAGCAGGUGAAGAAGGUGUAUCGACGGGCAGUGCUCGUCGUUCAUCCUGACAAGGCUACUGGACAGCCAUAUGAACAAUAUGCAAAGAUGAUAUUUAUGGAGCUAAAUGAUGCCUGGUCAGAAUUUGAAAACCAAGGACAAAAACCCUUGUAUUAGGUACUCCACUACAGACCCGUGCUAGUGCUUAUAUAGUCUCUUGUCACAAAUGUCACAGAACAACCAAACUCCGGCUGGAAAUUCAGAAGUUUCAGAAAACUAAGAGCCUAAUACUUAUCAUGAAGAACAAGAGAAAGGUUUCCUAACAUUUGUCUCAAGAAUCCUGAGCUCAGAGGAACUCUGGCCACCUGGCUCACCCUAUGAGAGCCUCGGGGUUACAGUUUCUUGUGACUUUUAUAUUUUUCUUUGGAUUCCAGUGGGAAGAGAGAACACAUACUGGGAAAAGGUGGAAUUGUUCUGUCUCCGAUACAGUGUAGCUGGUGAAUUUCCUACUUUUUUUUUUUUUGGUGAUAUGUGAUAUGGCAACACUUCAGUUGAGUUCAACAACUGAUGGUGAAGCCCAAACUUCGAUGUACUUUUUUUUUUCUUGGGUUUGGAUCAAACUUUAUCAAUUUAAGUGCUCAGAUGUGGUUUAGACACACUUCUAACCGUCACCAUUUGCUGCUUAAUUGCUCAUAUAGUGUAGUCUGCCUGAAUAGAGCCAAAGCUGAAUCCUGAGUUAGGUCAGCGUGGCAGCUGCCCGCUGCUUUAUGCAUUAAUCCUGUACUUCACCUCACAGUCCAGCAGUGAAAGAAGAAAUUCCUCAGCAAGUGUCUUUCAAAGCAAGCAACAAGUCAUUAAUAUGAAACAGCACCUGGCUGGUUUGCUAAACAGCAGUUUUGGGGGGGAAGGGUGAACCCAUGGUUGUAAAAGUGAGGAAUGAGCAUGUACUGCAUUUCCCAUGAAAUCCUCACCAGCAGCUUGAAACCAUCAAACAAAAAAAUAUCAACAAAUUAAAGCUCUGCUGCAAAGUUUUAGAAAUUCCCUAGUCUAUAGGUAACAUUUCCCCCUCCUGAGGAUUCAGAAGACUUUUCCCAGCCCACUUGUAUCACCUUUAUGCCUUUAUCAGCUUCAGAGCACUUGGCCAAGGCUCUUGGCAGGCUGCAACCUGUUGCAACUUCACCUUUCAGAUCGUGGUGACCAGGUCUGAUUUUUGAGGUAAAUAUAGUGCAAAUUGAUUCUCUUAAAAGUUUAUAUUGGACCAAAGUAGUAACAUCACAAGGAAAUAUCUCUGAUGCUAAAGCUGAAGCAGCUUUCCUAGUUAAAAAGCAAGUUCAAAUUCAAACUUCACCCCAAAUUCUGGCAUUCUUUUGUAGAGUUACUAAAGGUAGCAGUUUAUUUACCAACAUGUUGUAUCUGUAUUUGAGGGAUAUUCAGCAGAUGGGCAGGAAACUGUAUUUACUGCUUCAGGAACAGGUUGCCAUCUGAUGUGAGUCUUUAAAGUUGGUGGUUUUUCAAGACAAUCCACUACUUGUUGCACUUACAUUUUCAAGUGGCAAAGCUAUUACUGCAAAGACAGUGUGUCAAAGUACAUUGCUUUCUGUAUAAAACUCAUCCUUUUGUUGUAUUGGUCCAUUAUUUACUACCAUUAACUGAAAAUGUGAAACCAACACAUAGGUCUCCUUUUAUAUAAAAGACCUUAAGAUAAUAGUAACAAACUGGAUGUUAUUUAUUAAUGUUUUGAUCCAGUAUGUGCUUGUCUUAUUUAAAGAGAUAACUGGAAUGUGAAUCAUGUUCCUGUGAUUUGUUGGUUUACUGUUUCUCAUUCACAUUUGUAGAUAUUGUGACCUAUGCCUAUAUAAUAAAAAGGAUCUCAUUACUAUAAUGUACUUUUCUAAUGAUGAAAACAACAUUAGCUUUGUAUGGAGUUUGUCAUGGCACAUAACUCUGGAUUCUCAUACCUUCACGAAAUACAAAUCCAUCAUUAAACUUUAUCUACCAAAAAAAACCCCUCUGCCACUUAAGCUUUGAUUACUUCCAUCCCUAAUGUUUUUAUGGAUGCAUGAAAGUAUUAGGACGUAUGUAUAUCAAAAUAGUUAACUAAAAAAAAAGUUCUUGUCAUAUCUGGUAGUGACAGAGGUUAUCAAUGUUCAGGUUUACUGUUUGACUCAAUUAUUGUAAUUUUUGUAAAUACGGUAUAUACUCAAUGAAAUUGUGACUGGUCUAAAACAUUUGUACAUACAUUAAAGAGCUCAAAUUAACAUA